GCAGACGGCUGCCUCAUAAGACCCUCGCUGGAGCCGCGCAGAGCUCGCGAGUGGGCGAGUGCGACCCCGGCCUCGCGCUCCUAGGGGCGCGUGGGGGUUUCCCGCGAGCCGCCCCCGCCAGCCGGUGAUUCAGCACCCCGGGGGCGGUCACACAAGGGCCGCUCAGAGCCCGGCGCCGGGACAGUCCGUGAGGCGCUCGGCCGGGAAGGAGUCGCCAGCUCCGCAGACGCAGCGAGACGCGCAACCCCGGAGCAGCCUCUCGCCGUAGAGCCCAUGGGACGCGGCCACGCUCCUCUCGUGACGGCGGCGCUGCUGGCGCUGAUCCUGGCGCUGAGCCUGGCUCCGGCCGCGGCGACGCCCGCGCUGCCCCAGCGCUGCCCGCCCGGCACGUUCCUCAGCUGUGCAGACUGUGGGAAGAGCGCAGACGACGUUUGUCGCGCGUGCCCCAGGGGCACUUUCUCCGCCACGGCCAGUGCACUGGGGACAUGCACCACAUGCCGCAGGUGUGAAGGAAAAUUCAAAUAUAAAAGGGAGUGUUCUCCAACAGUGGAUGCAGAAUGUGCAUGUAAGGAUGGGCAUCGCUGUUUUGGAAAAGACUGUUCUAAAUGUGUAGAAAACUGUGCAGUAGGUGAAGAGCCUCUUGAAGAAGGUUGCCAAAAAUGUCCCAAUGGGACAUUUAACAAUCAGACCAAUGGUCCCUGCAGACAAUGGACAAAAUGCCUUCCAGAUAAGGUCCUGGUGAAUGGGACUAAUAGGAGUGAUGUGGUUUGUGGACAAGCUUCAGAAACUAUGACUCCAGCCACCAUUUCCAUCAUAGUCCCUAUCCAUGUACAAGGGAAGGAUCUUCAGGUGGUCACCAUCGGCAUCGCUAUUACUGGGGCUGUGGUGGUGUGUAUAAUGUUUCUGCUACCUUUGUAUGUGUGCUUCAGCAUCUGCGACAAAAAGAAACUACCUGCUAUGUUCAAGAAAAUGAAUGUAACACCUGAGCAAUCGACUCAGGAGGAGGAUGCCUGCAGCUGCCGCUUUCCAGAGGAAGAACAAGGAGACUGUGAUGACUGUAGCAAAUCCAAACUAUUCAAGGAUUCCUUGGUGAAUUAGAAACUGGACUUUCUAAGGAAGCCAGUUGUGGUUUCCUUUCAGAGCAUUGGACAGGAGUCUGGUUACAUAAUGGGUUGGGGGGGAGGGGAAGCAGAAGCAGGUUAAGUGAAUUUUAAAACUUAUGGACUGAACAAUGCAGUCGAUGGUGGAUGAAGCAGGUCUUUCUCAGUACAUCACUGUCCUACAGACAGAAGAGUUGGUCUUUAUAUUUAAAAAAAACAAACAAACUAAAA